GGAACCCGGAAGUGGCGGCGGAUGAAGUUCAGCCGAUGGAGCGGUUGUUGUGAGCGGGGAGGAAAAUGUCCGGAUUCAGCGCUGAACUCCUGGAUUACCUGGAAGGAAGAAUCACCUUCGAAGAGUUUGACAGGCGGAGAGAUGAGCGGAACCCGGAGCAGGAGUCAGAAGAUCCUGCAGAGGAAGAAAACCAACCUUCCACCUCGGCUCAGACCACGGCAGCCAUAGAGGACGGGGUCAGCCCGGUGGUCCAGCAGGCCUUCGCUUCCAUCCUGGGGGAGGCAGCAGCAGCGCCUUCCUCUGACGAAGAGGAGGACAGCUUGAGCUACGUGGACGACGAAGGCGAUCAGGAUUACAGAGUGGAGGAGGAAGCGGCGGCGAAGGAGACGACCAAGGGGAGGAAAAGGAGGCCGAAGCGAGGAGGGAAAAGGAGCUUGUUGAGCAGCCUGGAUGAAGAGGAGGAAGAUAUGACGGUGGGAGACGUCUUCAAGCUGGAGCAGGAGCUCAACCGAGAAAACAGGAAGUCCAUGAAGGGUCGUCGUCAUGGCAGCAAGCUGCCUCAGGCGCUCAGGGGCCUGAUGGGAGAGGCCAACAUCCGCUACGCCCGAGGGGAGAAGGAGGACGCCAUCCUGAUGUGCAUGGAGAUCAUCAGACAGUACGGAGACGUGGACAAGGCGCUGCAGUUUGGGCUGAUUGCGGCCCACCUCAACCCGUCAGACCACGAGGAGUGGAUCCGGCUGGCCGAAAUGUCUCUGGAGCAGGACAACAUCCGACAGGCCGUCAUCUGCUACAGCAAAGCCAUCAAGUACGACCCCACCAAUGUGCGCUAUCUGUGGGAGCGCUCCAGCCUCCACAUGCGUCUGGGGGAGCACAAGCAGUGCAUGGACGGUUACCGCAGGAUCCUGUCUCUGCUGGCUCACGAGGACGGAGAGCACUUCAUGCAGCUGUCCAAGGACAUGGCUAAGAGUUACUAUGAGAGCAACGACCUGCCGUCGGCGCUCAGCGUGGUGGAAGAAGCUCUGACCCGACACCCCGGCUUGGUCACCGACGACUUCGUCAACAUGGCCGCCGAGCUCUACAUCUGCAGCCGGCAGUUCAAGGAGGCCUUGCAGGUUCUGGUGAAAUUUACAGACAUCUUGUUGAUUCGGGCCGAGUCCUCGCCAGAAGGCGCCGCUCAGAGAGAGCCGGGGACCGAGGGGCAACAGGAAGAGGAGGAACCAAAGUCCAGCCGGGACUCCGAGGACAGCCGAGAGAUUGUGGACGUCCAGGUCCCAGACAGCGUCCCUGUGAACCUGAGGGCAAAGCUGAUCGUCUGCCUCAUCCACCUGUGCAGCUUUAUUUUCACAAUGUUUAUGACUUGUUCAGAGUGUCUGAAGGCCCUGGGCCGCCUGGAGGAGGCGGCGGACAGCUACAGCAAGGUGGUGGAGAUGGCGCCGCUGCACCUGGAGGCCCGGCUGUCUCUGGCCACGCUGCAGCAGCAGCUGGGGCGGAUGGACUGCGCUCUGAAGGCGCUGGAGCCCAUGUAUGACAGCGACACGCUGGCGCAGGACUCGUCCGCCGCCCAGAAGGAGCUGAAGCUGCUGCUGCACCGGUCCACGCUGCUGAAGACGCAGGGCCAGAUGGAGGACUACCUGGACGCCAUGAUCACCAUGAUCUCCAUGCUGCUGAAGGUCGCCAUGCAGCGAGCCAAGGUGUGUGUCCGCUCCGUGACGCUGGAAGGAAGGAGCCACCUGAGGCUGGUGAAGGUUCAGGACUUGCAGCCGGAGAUCGCCGACCACGAGACCGCCUACCUGGACAACAUGUGUAAAACCAACUUUCUCUCCAAGGAGGACUGGUGGCAGCUGCUGCUCAGCUGCCUGCUGGGGCUGUGCGAGCUGCGGCGCUACGGGGAGACGGACCUCCUGGUGGAGUCGGCCAUGGAGUUCUACUCCUUCUACGACAGCAAGCCCAGGAGGAAGGAGCUGGAGUUCUUUGGCCUCUCCGCCACCAUCCUCAACCAGGACUUCUUCAAGGCGUACAACUACAUGAGGUUGAUGCUGGUAGAAAACCUUCAUUUUCCUCAGUUCUGGAACAUUUUCCACCAGCUGACGUUGUCCUCCGAGCACCAGCGCCACCAUCGCUACUGUCUGCGGCUGCUGCUCAAGCACCCGGACAACCCGGCUCUGUGCGUUCUGUGUGGACACAACGCCGCCGUUUGUGGGAGCUUCAAGCACGCGCUAGGCCAGUAUGUCCAGGCCCUGAAGAACCAGCCUGAAAACCCGCUGCACAGCCUCUACGUGGGCCUCACCUUCUUCCACAUGGCGUCCCAGAAGUACGUGGCCCGGCGCCACGCUCUCAUCCUGCAGGGCUUCUCCUUCCUGUGGCGCUACGUGGAGCUGCGCGGGGAGUGUCAGGAGAGCAUGUUCAACCUGGGCCGGGCCCUGCACCAGAUGGGCCUGGCCCACCUGGCCAUCCAUUACUACCAGAAGGCGCUUUCCCUGCCUGCGUGGAAGCUGGAUGGCAUUGCGGACGAUCAGGUGGAUCUGAGGAGGGAGAUUGCUUUCAACCUGUCGCUGAUCUACCAGAACAGCGGGAACCUGGAGAUGGCGCGGCAGAUCCUCAGAGCUCACUGCACCGUGUGACGGCCGGCUCCACCUACCCAUGCUCUGAAUCAGAGAAAAGGCUCAGCCUCUCUGUGUCCAAAGCGGAGGCCCCUGGGGGCCAUUUUUGGCCCCUGAGCAGAGUGGAGGGCCUGUAUAGAUGUGAAUUAGUUUGUAAAUAAUCCAGUGACUUGUUUGGAACUGGACUC